UGUCCAGUCGGUCUGUGCUCUGUGUAACACCGUCCGGUUCGAGUGGCGCAGAGUCGUGAGGAGCUUCCAGGUCGGAGGAGGGAGUUUGAAACACUGAUCUGUCAUGAUGCCUUCGGAAAGUUUACGCUGGAAAACUCUGGAGGCUUUACGGAACUCCAAGAAGGGAAAGAUCUCGUUCGGCCCGCACAGCUGGGAGAGAAGCGAGGAUAUUCUGGGCGGCUACAAAGAGACCAUCAGCUUGUCUCCUCAAGCCGGCCUCGUAUUGGACCGUCUGGGCUCCUCACCCCUGCAGACGUCCUGCUUCCUGGACUCCGGCUCUGGACACUCCAGCCCCGGCCUGUCUGAGCAGACAACAGACUCCAUUGUGUCCAGAGAAUCAGUCUCUGACAUCCACGCUCAGGCGCUACAGGUCGAGCGUGAGAAGAAUCUCAGUGAUGAGGCAAAGGAUGAAGAACCAGGGACAGACGACAGUGAGGUGUCCAGUCCUCUGCCUCCACCAGCUAUUUCCCUGCUGUCGCCCAAAGCCAUGGAGAUCACCGGUCGCAUUUUCAAGAUUGAGAAGGAAUAUAGAGAAAAGGCCCAGGCGGCGCUCAGACAGCGACAGGAGAUGCAGGAGAAGUUUGUGGCGGAGUUGGUGAGUUCAGGGUCGGAGCAGCUGAAACGCUUCGAAGAGUUCAUGGAGCUGAAGCGAAGACAGGAGUUCCAGAGCAUAAGAGACAUGAUGGACAGAGAAACCAAAGAGAGCAUCGGGCGACAAGAGAAGCUGAAGGAAGAGCAAAGACACAGAAUGAAGAUCCUGAACCUGCGACUGAGGGAGGCGGAGCAGCAGCGUGUGCGCGAGGCUGAGCUAGAGCGGCAGCGGCAGGCGGAGGGGAUGGAGAGGUUGAGAAACCUCAACACCAUCCAGGAGGAGAUCCUGCAGCUCAACCAGCUGCUGGAGCCGUCCUCCCAGACCAAAAGUGACCUCCCAUCGACCAGCCUCAGCUCCUACAGCACCCGCGGGAACCAGCUGUGCUCGCAGGUGUCUGAAGUGGUGAGAAAGACGGCAGAGGGGGCGUUUCCCAGCAUGGAGGACAUGACUGCCGCUGAACGUGCCCUCCACGAGAUGAGGGCGCUGAUUCGACUCCUGCAGGAGGAGGUGGCCAGGGUACAGGAACAUAAAAAGGGGGAGGAGGAGGCGUUAAAGAAGCAGGCGGAGCUGCAGGUGCAGCAGGAGGCGCAGAAGAAGGCGGCGCAGUUGGCCAAAGAGAAGGCUCGGAGGAAAGGUCUGCAGAACAGCGCUGAAGACACGACUUUGAGAUGGUACAAGGAUCUUCAGGAUUCAGCUGCUCAGUGCGCUCAGUCCUUCGAACAGCUCAACUCCCCUAAAGACAUCCAGACAAAGAAGCUGAAGCUGGAGCUCCAGAAAGCCGCUAACAUCCCCAUCAGUCAAAUCGCCAGCAACUCAGGUUCACAGCUCCGAGAAAUCUUCGACAAGAUCGAUAAGCUUCUGGCGGGGCGGUCGGUGGUGUCGGGGGGGAAGUCUGUCUCCACCUCGCAGCAUCCACAGGCCCUGGACUUUGUCAGCUAUAAACUGGCCGAGAAGUUUGUGAAACAAGGAGAGGAGGAGGUGGCGUCUCACCACGAAGCCGCCUUCCCCAUCGCCGUGGUGGCCUCUGGCAUCUGGGAGCUGCACCCGCGGGUGGGCGACCUCAUCCUCGCUCACCUGCACAAGAAGUGUCCGUACGCAGUCCCACAUUACCCUCCGAUGAAGGACGGUACAUCUGUGGAGGAAUAUCAGAAGAUUCUAGGUUACCGUGUGGAAGACUCAGGGAUUGAAGGUCAGGACAGUUUCCUGAAGAGGAUGUCUGGGAUGAUCCGUCUGUACGCUGCCGUGAUUCAGCUGCGGUGGCCCUAUGGCUCCAAGCAGGGGUCGGCUCCUCACGGUCUGAACCACGGCUGGCGCUGGUUGGCUCAGAUGCUCAACAUGGAGCCCCUGGCCGACAUCACGGCAACACUGCUGUUUGACUUCCUGGAGGUUUGUGGGAAUGCUUUGAUGAAGCAAUACCAGAGCCAGUUCUGGAAACUCAUCCUGAUGCUCAAAGAGGAAUACUUCCCCAGGAUCGAGGCAGCGACCAGCAGUGGACAGAUGGGCUCAGUCAUCAGACUCAAGCAGUUUCUAGAGACGUCGCUGCAGAGGGGAGAGAUCAAACCUCCCAACGGUCAACUGAGCUCUGGUUUCUGGAGGUCGUGAGGAGGAGGACAUUCCGUCAAAGCUUCUGAGUCUCAGAGAUGUUCGUCCACCAGACGUCUGAAGAAUAAGUUCACUGGACGUUUUCGUCUUUACCCUCUAGCAUUUGUUUGUUUGUUUUUUUAGGGUGAAAAUCAAUUGUCACUAAUGUUUUUUUCUGUUGCCACAUUGACUGUAAAUAAAUUUUGCCUCAUUUUAAAACA